AUGCGAAAGACUCUUCUUGUAAAGGACGGCAGUUUGUUCACCUUAACUGUGCCGUUCAGCGGGAAACCUGUUCCUAACGUUAUGUGGGACAAGGCAGAUGUUGACCUGAGAGUGAGGGCCAGUAUUCAUACCACUGGUACCGUCACGUCUAUCACGGUGGAACAAGCAACAAGAGACGACUCUGGAAAAUAUACAGUGACUUUACAAAACGUUGCUGGAAAAGUCACAUGUACGUUAAAUGUCAGGGUUCUUGACUCUCCUGGUCCACCGUGCCGUGUUGCGAUCAAGGAUGUUACCAAGAGCUCUGCAACAGUUGCCUGGGAUACCCCAGAAAACGAAGGUGGUGCUGCUGUCACCAACUACCUUGUUGAUAUUCGUGAGGUGAACAACAAGGGAUGGACCAGAGUCACAGAUUCAUGUCCUCGUCUGACCUACAGAGUGUCAGAUCUACAAGAGGGAGGUGUGUACUACUUCAGAGUCACUGGUGAAAACCAGUAUGGAACCGGCUUGCCAACUGAGACCAAAUACGGAGCAAUGAUUACAGACAAGAGUGACCCGAAGCCACUGGCCAAGCCAGUAAAGGACGACACAAUAGAACCCAUCAUAGAUCUAAUGAGCACCUCAUACAGUGUCAAGGCAGGAGACGACCUGAAGAUCGAUGUUCCAUUUAGAGGCAGACCUGAACCUGAGGUUUCAUGGAACAAAGAUGGUGUUGAAUUGAAGGAGACAACCAGGGUUAGCUUUCUAACAUCUAAUAACUCAUCACUAAUCACUAUCAGAAACACAACCAGGGAGGAAUCAGGGAACUAUGAGAUCACCUUAAGCAACACAGUUGGUAGAAAAUCAGCCAUAAUAGCUGUUGUCAUCUUGGAUAAACCUGGCCCACCUGGUGCAAUCAAGGUAGAUGAAGUCAACGCUGACUAUAUUUCACUGUCUUGGGAUCCCCCACUCUACGAUGGUGGAUGUCCAAUCAGCAACUACGUAGUAGAGAAGAGAGAUACUACCACUACAUCAUGGAAGACUGUUUCAUCCACAGUUGCCAGAACAUCUAUUAAGGUUCCUCGUUUGACACAAGGCACUGAAUAUCAGUUCCGAAUUGCAGCUGAAAACCGUUUCGGCGUGAGCCAUGCUGUGGAGUCCGCUUCCGUUGUUGCACAGUACCCCUUCGAGACACCUGGCCCUCCCACUACCCUCCGUGUUGCCCAGGCUACAAAGUCCUUCAUGUUGGUUACAUGGAAUCAACCAGCCAGUGAUGGUGGAAGUCCAAUCAUGGGUUAUCACCUGGAAAUGAAGGACUAUAGCAGUAUUCGCUGGACAAAGACUAACAGAGGACGUCUCAUUGCUGAAACAGAAUUUAAAGUGAAUGGGGUAGAAGAAAGCUUGCAGUAUGAAUUCCGUGUUGCUGCUGAGAAUAUUGCUGGCGUUGGACCGUACAGCAAAGCCACUGAGCCUAUAGCUGCAAGAGAUCCAUGUGAUCCUCCUGCUAACCUUACAGUCACAGACAUCACAAGAUCUUCCAUUUCUCUCACUUGGUCCAAGCCAGAGAAUGAUGGUGGAGCCAAGGUGACUGGCUACAUUGUUGAACGCAGGGAGCUUCCAGAUGGUUGUUGGCUGAAGUGCAAUUUCACCAAUCUCCAGGAAACUUGCUAUGACAUUGAAGGUCUUACGGAGGACAUUCAAUAUGACUUCCGUGUUAUUGCAAAGAACUCUGCCGGAGUACUCAGUGAGCCGUCGCAAUGCACAGGUGCCGUCACAGUCAAGGAUAACGUUGUUCUACCUCGCAUUGUCUUGGAUGACAAGUAUAAGAAAUUAGUCGUUGUCAAAGCUGGAGAUGUUCUGAGAAUCGAUGCAGAUAUUUCUGGGCACCCACGUCCAGUCAUUUCCUGGUCAAAAGAUGGUGAAAGGAUUGAGAUCAAGGCAAGAAUAGAGAUCACUUCAACACACACUACCACCACAUUACUAGUCAGAGACACUAUCCGAAGAGACUCGGGUCAGUACACUGUAACAGUGCAGAACAUUGCUGGUACAAGGUCCCUGUCUGUAAACUGUAAGGUUCUUGACCGCCCUGGACCGUCUUCUGGGCCAUUGGAUGUGACUGGUCUGACCGCAGAGAAAUGCACUUUGACCUGGGGACCACCUCAAGAAAAUGGUGGUGCGGAAAUUCUGCGCUAUAUAGUUGAGAAAUGUGAAACCAGUCGUGUCACCUGGACUUCAGUAUAUGAAGACACGAAGGCUACAACAUGCAAGGUCACCAGUCUGCGUAAAGGAAAGGAAUACAUCUUCAGAGUAAAGGCAGUGAAUGAAUAUGGAGAAGGUGAAGCCUUAGAGAGUGAGCCAACCAAGGCCACAGAUCCAUUCACUGUCCCUGCUGCACCGACAGAUGUUGAAGUCACCAGCAUAACAAGUGAGACAAUGGCAAUCUGCUGGAGAAGACCUGAGUCCGAUGGAGGAAGCAGCAUUUCUGGCUACGUUAUUGAGAAACGAGAGAAAUCAGGAAUGCGCUGGGUACAGGUGAACACAAAGCCCGUGAAUGACCUUAGGGUCAAGGCAUCCAAUCUCUGUGAGGGAUGUGAGUAUGAGUACAGAGUCUAUGCAGAAAAUGUUGCAGGCUCGAGUCCCCCAAGUAUUCCUUGCAAACUGACAAAAGCGGAGGAUCCACAAUUCCUGCCGUCCCCACCAGCUAAACCCAAAGUCAUUGACUCAACCAAGACUUCUGUAACUCUUUCGUGGAAUAAGCCGUUGUUUGAUGGGGGAGCUGUUGUAACAGGAUACUGUGUUGAAUAUAAGAGAACGGAUGAGGAGGACUGGUGUGUCAGUGUUUCAAACACAGAGAACACUGGAUUCACUGUCGUUGGUUUGACACCUGGUGCAGAAUAUAUAUUUGUUGUCAAAUCCAUCAACAAGAUUGGUGUCAGUGAGCCAAGUCCUCCUACUGAUCCACAAGCAGCUGAGGACCGAGAAGAGGAACCACAGUUUAAUAUCAGCAAUGAGAUGCGAAAGACUCUUCUUGUAAAGGACGGCAGUUUGUUCACCUUAACUGUGCCGUUCAGCGGGAAACCUGUUCCUAACGUUAUGUGGGACAAGGCAGAUGUUGACCUGAGAGUGAGGGCCAGUAUUCAUACCACUGGUACCGUCACGUCUAUCACGGUGGAACAAGCAACAAGAGACGACUCUGGAAAAUAUACAGUGACUUUACAAAACGUUGCUGGAAAAGUCACAUGUACGUUAAAUGUCAGGGUUCUUGACUCUCCUGGUCCACCGUGCCGUGUUGCGAUCAAAGAUGUUACCAAGAGCUCUGCAACAGUUGCCUGGGAUACCCCAGAAAACGAAGGUGGUGCUGCUGUCACCAACUACCUUGUUGAUAUUCGUGAGGUGAACAACAAGGGAUGGACCAGAGUCACAGAUUCAUGUCCUCGUCUGACCUACAGAGUGUCAGAUCUACAAGAGGGAGGUGUGUACUACUUCAGAGUCACUGGAGAAAACCAGUAUGGAACCGGCUUGCCAGCUGAGACCAAAUACGGAGCAAUGAUUACAGAAAAACCCAGCCCACCACAAACCAUCGAGGUCACCGAGAUCACCAAGGAAAGCGUGUCCUUGUCUUGGAUUAAGCCCGAGAAUGACGGAGGGAGCAGAAUCACCAGUUAUCGUGUCGAUGCUCUCGAGAACGGUCAGGAUAAAUGGGUGAAGUGUGGCGUCACCAAGACCGUCCACUUCGUGGUGUACGACCUGAAGGAAGCUACUCAAUACUUUUUCAGAGUUCGUGCUGAAAACCACGCUGGAUUCAGUGACCCUACAGAAAUGGCUCUCCCUGUGUUAGUUAAAGGGCAACUUGAACCUCCUGAAAUGAACAUGAACAAGUUUCCUGACAAUAUGGUCUACGUCAGAGCAGGAUCAAACCUAAAAUGCCAGAUCCCACUUACUGGGAAACCUGCGCCAAAGAUUUCUCUUUCAAAGGACGAUGUCGUGUUGAAGUCAACGAUGAGAUUCAACUCUGAAGUAACUCCUGAAUAUCUUAUCAUCAUUCUUCGUGAGAGCACUGCUACUGAUUCAGGAAGGUACGACAUAUGUGCCUCCAACACCAGCGGAGCCUCCAGGUCUUUUGUGACCAUCGUGGUCCUGGAUAGACCCAGCGCCCCAGUUGGUCCUAUUGGAAUGUCUGAGGUGACCGAGGACAGCGUGAGUCUGACGUGGCUUCCUCCUCGGUAUGACGGCGGAAGCCCCGUCACAAACUACAUAAUAACCAAACGAGAAACGACAAACGCCGACUGGACCGAAGUCUCCUCGGUCGUUGUGAAAUGCACAAUGAAAAUCAUGAAGCUCAUAACAGGACUGGAGUACCAGUUCAGAAUCAGGGCUGAAAAUCGCUACGGCAUCAGUGAGUACAGCGACUCUGCAACCGUCAGAGUGGAUCUCAACUACACCGUCCCUGAAUCUCCGUCACCCCCUAUCGUUACGUCUGUAACCAGAGAAAGCGUCACCGUCGCCUGGACGGAGCCGAACUGGAAUGGAGGGAGACCAGUCGUUGGAUACCAUCUUCAGAUGAAGGACAAGAACAGCAUCCUGUGGCAGACGGUUAACAAAACCGUUAUCCGUGCCACACACUUCAAAGUGACCAACGUCAUCGUUGCUGGUCUCGUCUAUGAGUUCAAGGUGGCAGCGGAAAACGCAGCCGGAUGCGGUCCCCUUAGCAAGAUCUCAGACGCUGUACUGGCCAUUGAUGCUUGUGAGCCUCCGACCAACGUGCGGAUCACUCACAUCAGAAAGUCCUCCGUCAGACUCGAAUGGCUGAAGCCUACUUACGACGGUGGUAGCAAGGUAACGGGAUACCUGGUUGAGAAGAAAGAGGGCGAACGAGACAGGUGGACGAAGGCCAACUUAACCAACGUUUCUGACACACACUACACUGUGACCGAGCUGAACGAGUGUGUGGUUUACGAAUUCAGAGUCGUGGCUAAGAACGCAGCGGGGUCAGUCAGUAACCCGUCCACCACUGCCGGCCCGGUGAUGUGUGUGGACACGGACGCUUACGAAGGAGAUUAGAAUGGUUUUAAUUUGAUUUGUUUAAUUGUCAGAGGCUUUGCUAUUUUUUAUUUGUUGUGAAAAGUGGUCGAAGUCGUUAAAUUUUCAUUUUUGUUUUGUUUUUUCUUUAAAAGUUGAGAUUUCCGUAUUCGAUGUGGUUACUGAAAUAGCUAUUUGUUUUGAUUUGGUAGACGAUAUUUCUGUUCUGAUAGCUGAUUUUAAUAGCGUAGAGAAUAGAUUUGAUAUGCUUCAACUAUUGUCUGACUUGUUGGGAAAAUGGUCAAAAAUAGUUGAUUUGUGUGCGUAAAUCACAGUGUUAACGGUGGAUGGAAGGUUGGAUGUCGUCAUUUGUUUAUUUAGAGUGUGAGUUUUACAAUGUGGAAGAAAUCCCAUGAAAACAUAUUGUCAGCCGUGUGGACAGGUGUCCCCAGUCAGUUGGACUGUUGGCAUGGUUUCUACAUGUGGACAGGUGUCCCCAGUCAGUUGGACUGUUGGCAUGGUUUCUACAUGUGGACAGGUGUCCCCAGUCAGUUGGACUGUUGGCAUGGUUUCUACAUGUGGA